GUAAUAAUAAGGUUAAUUUGUGUACAAAUUGGCUGAUAUAUUUAAAUUUAGGGAGCAAAUUAACAUUUACCUUGAAUUUGGUCCCACAAAAUAACUUUCAUUAAUGUUGAAAAGGGGAUUAUUUGUGUUGAUUAGAUAGAGAGUUGAUUUUGUUUUUCGGAUUUUGAAUAUAUAAUGAGGUCAUAGAUAUAAAUGAUAAGUCUAUUCUUUGUUCUGUAGUAGUAAGAUUUACCUCAGAAUUGACUUUAUAUAUUUAAUGAACUUAUUGGCUUCUGUUCGGCUAGAUUGACUUUAAAAUGUAGUAUUAAAACCAUAUCUUGCACUGCCAUUUUCUCCCUUCAAACCCUUUUCCAUUCUUUCACUCAUCUUUAAAAGAAAAACACAAACACUUUACAUUUACCUAUCAAAUAUCAAUUCUUUGCCCAUCAAGAUGGAUACUGAAAACGUUAUUUUUUCUGUUCUCUUUCUUUUAUUCUCCUUGCAAAUCGUAGCAAGCCAAAAGCAAUGCCUUAACUCUGCCUGUGGACGCAAUGAACCAGUGAUUCGAUUCCCUUUCAGGAUUGAAAAUCGACAGUUUAAGUCAUGUGGAUAUUCCGGUUUCAAUUUAUCCUGUGAUAUCAACACAAACCACACUUUACUAAACCUACCUUACUCAGGAAUGUUUACAGUUCAAGCAAUAGACUAUGCUAGUCAAGAAUUAUGGAUUAAUGAUCCCAAUUACUGCUUGCCUGAACGGAUUCUUUCUCUUAAUCUCUCAAGUUCCCCAUUUGUUGGUCUUUUUUAUCAGAAUUUCACUUUCUUUAAUUGUUCAUCAGAUAAUUACACCAACUUUCAGCUAAACCCGAUUGCUUGUUUAAGUAGUUUGACUCAUACAGUAUUUGCAACAUCUUCCUUAAGCAUUGGUAAUCACUUAUCAGGAUUAUCAAGCUGCCAGCAGUUUGCAACAAAGGGCGUCCCCGUAGAGUGGCCGUUUUAUGGGCAAAUGUUGUCUUCGGACCUAAGCGGGGAUCUCAGACUGACUUGGGCUGUACCCAGGUGUGCGAAGUGUGAGGAACAUGGCGGACGGUGCGGGCCUAGGAGCAAUACUUCAGGCGUAAUUGUUUGUUCUAAUGCUAAACUUCGUGGAAUUCCGAAGAGUGCUCGUUACGUCAUAACAAUAGGGGCAGGAAUACCGGUGGUGUUAUGUGUGCUAGGUCUGGUUUGUUUUCUAUGUAGCAGAGCAAGGUACUAUACAAGGAGAAGGAAUCAUCUAUUCCCAGAACUAAAUUUCGCAGUUAACCCUCAGCCUGCAAUCCCUACAGGCCUGGACGGACAAACAUUAGAAUCGUAUCCGAAAAUAGUACUCGGAGAAAGCCGAAGAUUGCCUAAACCCGACGACGUUACAUGCUCAAUCUGCUUGUCUGAAUACAAACCUAGAGACACGCUAAAGACCAUUCCUGAAUGUCAGCAUUGCUUCCAUGCUGAUUGUAUUGAUGAAUGGCUUAAGCUGAAUGCUUCUUGUCCCAUUUGUCGAAAAUCACCGGACCGCUUCGUACCACCGGUUUAAUGUUUUUGACUUUUUUUUUAUCUCUUCAGAUAAAAAUUUGUAUAUAUAGCUUUUGUAAGGGUAAUAACUCCAAAUUGUAAUUGUUUAGUCUCUUGAAGAAGAGAAUCAAAAUUCAAAGAGAAUAACACUUUUUGGAUUUAAUGGUGUACAAUUAGGGCUGGGCCUGGCCUGGCCUAGGUCAAAUCAGAAAUAGUUUUAUUGUUUUGGUUGAGAAUCGGAAA